CUCCCCCUCCGCCUCGCCUUCUUCUUCUUCGCUUAAAAGCUCCGCCCCCCGACCCGACCGAAUCCACUCUCCUCCCCAACCCGCGGCCGCCGCCACCAAACCAGACCACUGCGUGCCCGUAUCAUCAUACCGCCCGCUCCGCCCGGCCGGAUUCCUUCCUCCACACUGGUCUUCGUUCAGCGGCGCACUGACGAGGCGGCGUUGAUCGGCUGGCCAUGGAGAAGACCAAGCUCCCGCUCCCGCUGGUGCACAGCGACCGCCUCUGGGCGCGCCCGUGGCGCUGGGCCAAGACCGCCUUCUUCAUCGUCGCCAUGCUCGCCUCGCUGCUCCUCGUCUGCGCGCCGCCGCUCCUCGUCGUGCUGCUCGACCUCCUCCUCCCGCCCGCGCUCCUCUCCAACUUCCUCCGCGCGCAGGCACACUCACCCGCCGCCACCGUCUCCUUCGCCGCCUCGCUCGCCGACCAGGCCAGGGCCUUCCGCUUCGCCUCCUCGCUCGUCGACCUCCCCGCCGUCUCCGCCGCGCGCUCCCUCCUCAUCCUCUGCGCCUACACCGCGUGCGGCGGCGGCGCGGCCUACAUGUGGGUGGCCGUCACCUGCAGCGUCGGAUCUCUCUGCUACGUCCUCGCCAAGGCCGUCGCCGUGUUCGGCGUCGCCGCCGCCCCCGGGCUCGGCCUGCAGGGGAAGGGACAGCUCGUUGCCGUCGAGGCCAUGUUCCUCAUGUCUCUCGCGCUCGCCGUAGCGCACCUUGCCAUGGCGUACCGCGCCAGCUGCCGGGAGCGCCGCCGCCUGCUCGUCUACAGAAUCGACGUCGAAGCUGUAAGACUAAAGGGAGGCCAGACACCCAAGGCCCUGAAGCAAUGCCUGGUCUGACGACGUCUGCUCCUCGCAGCUGGGUGGAAUCUGAACGCACGGCGCGGCAGCAACCGGCAGGCUUCAGUUCAGACAACACACGGAGCGGGCCCUGCAUUCAGAUUCAGGUACAGGGCUGUUCCGUGCGGUCCCAAAUUUUGGUUCGAGAAGCUGUGUAUAGCCCGAUCCGAUCGCCACGUCCAUGUAAUCCCUCACGGCGCCAAAGUGAAAACUUAGUACUAGUAGUAUAAAUCUGUAGAUACAGUACGUCUGGAACAUUUGUGCUUCGGCCUCCUGCAGCUAAUGCAAACACAGGAUGAGCCGUGCAGCAGAUGCUUGUUGGCCUGGAAUUGUGAAUACUACCUGUCACGUGCAGGCAGAUGUGACAAUGGGCGAAUUUAAAUUUGGUUUCAUGGUUGGUUGGAACUUCA